AUGCAAGGAGGAGAGGCAAGAGUUUGCGAAAGGCGUAGCUCGACAUGGUCAGGGCCUUGUUUUGACACUGGGAAUUGCAACCGGCAAUGUAUUAACUGGGAGCAUGCUAGCUCUGGAGCUUGUCACAGAGAAGGCAUUGGAUCUGCUUGCUUCUGUUAUUUCAACUGCUAA